AUGGAGGAGAAGAAUUUCACUCAGGUCCAUAUGUUCCUCCUGCUAGGAUUCCCAGCCCUAGCAGACUUGCAUGUAUUGUUCUCCGUAGUAUUUCUGUUGACCUACAUUUUAACUGUUGCGGAGCAUACGGUCAUCAUUGCCCUGAUCAAGACCAACUGUGAGCUCUACAAACCCAUGUAUUUUUUCCUUGGUCCCCUCUCCUUCAUUGAGUUCUGGUACAUCUUUGUUACUAUCCCUAAACUCUUGGCAAAUUUCAUUGCCGAAGACAGGAGUGCUUCCAGUUUUGUGGGAUGCAUGACCCAAAUGUUCUUCUUCAGCUCCUUCUCGUGCACUGAAUGUGUCCUUCUCUCUGCAGUGGCAUACGAUCGCUAUGUGGCCAUCUGUCAACCAUUGCACUAUCCGGUCAUGAUGACAUACCCAAUGUGCAUAUACCUGGUAGCUGUCUCUUGGUUCAGCGGGUUCACCGUGUCUUUGAUUAAGACUUCCUUCAUCUCUCAAUUGAAGUUUUGUGGUCCCCACGUUAUCAACCAUUUUUUCUUCUGUGAUAUUAGCUCUGUGCUGAACCUCACCUGCACUGAUAUGUCACUGGCAGAGAUGGUGGACUUUGUGUUGGCCUUAUUCAUACUGCUUGUUCCUCUCUUCAUCACUAUUGUCUCCUACAUGUUAAUUAUCACGACAAUCCUGCACAUCCCCAGUACCCAGAGUAAGAAGAAAGCCUUCUCCACAUGUGCUUCCCACAUGACUGUGGUUACCAGGAGGUAG